AUGAAUAUCUUAAAACUUGUCGCUUCAGCUCGUCGUUCUGGAACAACUAUCUUUCGUCGUAAUGGACACGGACAUGAAGUUCAUACUCCAAUAGGUCCACCAGUAACAAUGGAUUCUAUGCCUGUUCCAUUUCAAUCAUAUCAUCAAGUUCAUAGAGAUCUUCAAUCAAAGUUUAAUACUUAUUUGGCCGGUUCAUUUGCCUUUUUUGUUUUAACAUUAGCAUAUGGAUGUUAUGAAGAUGUUUUUAUUUUUGAAUCAAUGAGAACUCCAGAAAGUUAUCGUAAUCGUAAUAAACAAUAA